CGCAUCGCACUAUCGGUGCGUGUUGUUUACAGUGGUAGUGUCUGGCUGGUUGAAUAAGGCGCUCGUACUAGCCGUCUGCACUUGGGUUUGCGUUUGUAUAGAGGUCUCUCGCUAUCGAUAGGGCAAAUAACCAGUGCGACUGUUUGUUUUGAUCUCUGUCGUGGUCGCUUUUGGACUCAGCCUCAACAGAGGCAGUUGAACGGACAGGCACACGAAAAGUUUGUUGCGAUCUCCAGCGAAAAAUUAGAGAGAUUCGCACACGAGUGAACAAGCAGACACACAGACUGAUGCUGUUCUUGGCUGAGACUACUGAAUCAGCGAAGUCGGGUACGGCUUCGGAACGUGAAUGAGGUUCUUCUUAUUUCUCUAAGAACAGCAAAAAAUGAUUGCAGCUUAGAUGAAACAACGACCGUCUUUUUGCCACCAGCCAUUUGCCGUUUAAACACUGCGCCAAGAACAUUACGGGCAGAAAAGAGUGUGUUUAGCCGUAACGCUUUACAACCCCUUCUUCAGGUUGGUUGCUGCAGAUGCUGCUCAGCAGCUGUGGUAACAAUCGCUGGACGAUACAGGUUGCUUGACAGUGUAGAGUUCAGUUCUGUUUGUGUGUCAAGUAGGGACAUUACGCGGAUUGUACUCAAGCGGCUAAUCAACAAGAGCAGUCAGUUUGCCUCGUACUAAAUAAGAAUAUUCGCACGUGAUACCGUACGGUAUAGCAAACGAUUGUGACGACUUGUUUGACGACAGCAAGAACAGUGGAAGUCGAUCGUACGCGGUGAGUUCGCUGCUGCUGCCGCUGCUGAAUGCUUUUCUGCAGGGCAGAACGCGUGCGUGAAUCGAAGUGAGUAUUAUUGAAACCCAGAAGCGGACGUUAUUGGUCUUUAGAAACGAUUUGGGAGGGAAGGCAAAGUUGAAAGACUUGACGGCUCCGUCUGUUCGACUGUGAUAAGGCAGUUAUCUUCUUUCGUUUACGACUUCGGUAGGGAAGAUUAUUUUUACUGUCGGCGUAAUAUGAGGUGGUGUUCUUCACUAACCAAUAACAUCUAUACAUGUGUAAUAAUAGCAUAUAGGUUUGUUAAUCUACUAUCGUGCAGCUCCUCCUUGUGUUCGUUUCGUACAAUCAAACUGCUGUAUUGAAGUUGUUCGCAAUAGCGACGCUGUGUCAAGAUUUCCACGGCUGUUGUAGCGUGCUCUGUGAAUGUGACUCUGUGGUAUUUCUGUUUUUUGUGUAUUUAUGCGAUCAUAUAUCUGCGAGGAACUGCAAGCGAAGCAAAGCCAAGUCCGAACGAACUGGUACCUUACGAAUAGUGUUGAUAACAUUCAAAGCAGGGGCAUACAGUGGAGAGGUCUUAUUAGUCCCGAAAGUUUAGAUCCUAGCUCAUUCUGAUUUUGUUCUCCGUAAUCUUUCUACUUGUGUAGAAGAUCGUAUGCUCAUCAGAAAGCACAUCAACGGCAACGACGGCUAGAGUGCUUUGUAGAUGUCAGAGAGCUCAAGCGCGUGCAGCAGCACGAAUAGUGACUGCGGUGUGAAACAAAGCCUUUGUUAGAUUUGCGCGACUCAAGUGAAGCCGAUCGAGGAAGGUGGGCACCAGUGCGAAUUCGAUGAAGCGCGGCAGCCGACCGCUGCCGCAGAUAUAGACGCACACAGUGGACAAGCGAAUUGGCGGCUACGUAAGGGACGGUGGGACCCGUGAGGGCCAGUGAGACUCCAGGCAGGAUAGAAAUCGAGAGUUCGUUAGAAAAGUGUCUGUGGUCUAUUCGGUCAAUAGGAGGUGUGCGCGCUUUGUUCGUGAGGCAGCAUGGCUGACAGCAGCGUGGCCAAACGGCCAAUGAAGGGGAUUCUUAAGGCGAGCGGAAGUUUCGAAUAUCACGAUCAGCGAAGACAGAGCACGCAGGAUAUUAAAUGGGAUGAACAGAACAUUUUAGCAACGUAUCACCCCGCUGACAAAGACUACGGUCACAUGAAGAUCGAGGAGCCGAAAACGCCCUACUCGUACGAAGCGGAUGAGACUGAUGAAGAGAUUGUUGCCAGACAUGAAGCCAUCGAUCUUGAGGAGUUGGCGGAAAAGUUGGGCGAUGCUGAACGACCCCGCUCGCCCAUUGACCGGGACACGCCAGACGAAAUGCUCACCGAAGCGGAGCGUAUUCGAAGAAAGUCCUUUGAGGAGAAACGCCGCAAACACUACAACGAGUUUGAGGCCGUCCGAAAAAUGCGUGAAAGGAUGGGAAACAUGAAAGACGGUGAUGAUGACAUUGACAUGGAUGAAUAAUAUGAUUUGUCGUAUUCGUUAUCGUA